UUUAGGUGAAAUUGUUUUCAUAAUUAUUAUCAUUUUUUACUACUUGUUUCUAUCUAUGAUAUAUUUCAGUGAAAUUGAAUUAACUUUAGAGUCAUACCAAAUAGGUCCACUAGAUAACAGGAGAUUUGCUCAAGAUUAUGGAAGGGAACUAAAUCACUUAAUAGCUAAGUCAAUGUAAAAUGAAGUAACGUGACUGGACACAGAGGUGAAAUACAAAACACUAAAUGAAUAAGCUUUACAAGAACACUAAACACGAACAGUGUUUGUAUACUUGCUGUUAUUUAUAUGGGACGAUCACCUUUACUGAACCACAGAACUGACUACUAAAGACCAAAUUACAGAUUACAUUAACUAAAGGAUGUUCCAGUCAUGACUGACUAAAUACAACAGUUCUCAGUUUGUAAAAAACCUCACAUUUACCCAGGAGUUUCACUACCCGCAUGACUCAUUACAACAUAGGUGGGGCUGUAACUAUUAGAACAACCAUUGAAGGACACUGCUACUGACAUCCUUACUUGUGUUAUAUUGAUUAAUAUAUUCCCCAGGUGGUAACAGGUAUUAUCCAUUUCCAAGAACAACAAAGGUAGCUUUAGAAUGAAAUUAAUUUAAUGGCUUUCUCGACUAUAUGCUAUGUCUAUUCUGCACAUAAAAGAACAAAUGAUAAAUUCAAAAUAAAUAGUGUAAUAUUUCAAGAAGAUAGUCUGUUCAAAUAUGACAUUCAUACAGCACAAAAGAUGUAAUCAAUCAGAUAUUUUUGUAAAGACUGAUUUUUUUUUUUUACGGCUACUUAGUUUACCCAGAAAAAUGUUUGUUUUUGUUUGUAGUAAGCGAGAGUUUGACAUCUUGAUCAGUAAAUGGAGAACGAGUGAUGAGUCAGACAGAGACCCACUUUUAUCAGUGUCUGAUUCAGAGUUUCUAGCUCUAAAAGAUAAAACUCGUCGUCACAUCCGACUUCGUGAGUUACUGCUCCAACACUCUCACAGUUCAUCAUUAAUUGUCAUGACCUUACCCAUGCCUAGGAAAGGAACUUGCUCUGCUCCUAUGUACAUGGCCUGGUUGGAAACACUCACAAGAAACAUGCCUCCUUUCCUACUGAUAAGAGGCAAUCAGACUAGUGUAUUGACUUUCUACUCCUGAACAUUCACUUAUCUAUCAUGAAAAACAAAGAACUAUGCUUAUAGUAGAUUUUAUAAAGCAUUUCCAUUAUCUUCUGUAAUUACUUUUUCUAUGUUAGUUAUAGGGACGAUCUUAGUUUUAACAAUAUCUUCAUUAUUUCUCUCAGUAUGUGGAUACAAUUGAUCCACGUUAGAUUACAUUCAUAGUCUUAAGUAUUGUUUUCUCUACUCUUAGAUUAAAAUAGUAAACCUUUUUCAAAAUGGCAUUAGUUAACACUCUUAGCUCUCGCUCUUAAGGCCUUCCUUUUUUGAGAUGGCAUUUAGUGUUAACAUACUAUAAGGAUGCCAUCCAUUUAUAUAAUAAGAAAUCAAAGGGUUUGACCCAGCUGUGUUGUGAUUAAAGGUGACAUCUUUCAAUCUUGUAGUACUGCAAUAUAAGAUCCACGUCUUCUGUAAUAUUGAUAUCAUUCUAACAUAUUUAUGUAACAUGACAAGUCGUAUUUCAGUACAAUUUAAGCUCUUUCCAUUUUAAUGCCUGAUGAUCCUCAUUACAAACACAAACUUUAAGUUGUGUACCAGCUUCACCUACUUAAAGAUCAUGGUAUUUUUGAGAAAAGUAUGAUGGGUUUCUUAGGUGUUAGUUUGUUGUUUUCAAUUUUAGAAAGAGACUACACUUGAAGAAUACUUUUCUGCUUUAAGGACUUUAAUGCCACUUAAACACAAUUUUCUUGUUAGUCCUGCACUGAUGUUAUUGGGUUAUAAACAUCAUAAUAUUACAGUUAAAAUGAGGUUCUUCCAAAAGAAUUCCUAUAACAAGUAUUAAUUUGUAAAAUGUUCUUUACACGUAUGAGUGUUUUUUCUUGUUGAACUAGCUAGAGCAACUAAUAACUGUCCAUCAAAUAGUGCUUUAAAAACUGUGAUUUAACAUUCUCAAAUAAAUAUGUAUAUGAACCGAUACUGAGAAGACCCUUAUAAAAAUUAUAUUUUCAAUAGAUGGUGAUACUUAGACAAUCUUUUCAUUUCCUUAGAAAGUUUAUUAAAUUAUUUUUGUGCACUUAAAUAAGAUAUAAAAAUACCUCCAUCACAAUGAUUAACAAUUUCUUGUCAUACAUAAGCCACAAAUUUUUAGACUCUUUAAAUGAAUCAAAUGCUAAUGUAUCUGUUUGCUUGGUAAUAUAUAAGUGGGAUGAUAAGAUAAGCUUUCAAAUAGUUGCAAGUAGAGUGAGAGUGACUAAUUCACUAAGAUUUUGGUCAUUGUUCAAUCUAGUUUCAACCAGUGCAAGGUUUGUAAUAACUGGUUAAAUGUAAACAGCAUAAUUAUAGCUUACUAGAUUGUGAUUUGCUUAGAUUUAGAGUAUUUCAACAAGUUCACUGUGAGACUUGUGACAAACGUUAUGUAGAUGGUGCCUUUAAAUAUUUAAAAAUUUUGUGUUGACAAACAUAAAAAUGCAUCAACUUGUAACACAGAAGUCUUAAAUUCUACCAUGAUAAGCUACAUAUCUAACUAAUGGUUUACCAUUGAAAUUAUGUUAAUAUUAUAUUCUGAUCACAAUUUUGAGUCUGAUGUGUUGCUAAAUUGGAAGAUGUCACCUUAAAUUGUUCUACAAUACAACAGCUCUUUUCGCGGCUAUAUGAACCCAUGUUCCUUUAGUACACAAGCACUGACUGCUGUCUCUACUGGAAGUUUUCAGAAUCUUAAUUAGUUGGAAAUAAUUAUGAUUUCAGCUGGUUAUUCUAAUAAAGCAUUUAAUCCAUUAUCAUAGUGGUUUUAAUCUCUUCUAGAAUUACAUUUGAGCUAUUGCUCAUUUUGAUUUUUGUGUUGUUGUCGUAGCAUAAUUUAUUAGCUGUGUAGUAGCGUAUAUAUAUGUGUACAUUAGAGUAAGUUAUACAGAACCAAGUGUUCUUGCACAUUUUUUCCUCUUCCUCGUAUUGAAUUAGAAAAUAAGUGAUAGUCAGUUUCUAUUGAGAUAUUUCUUGUGAUUUUCCUAGAUGGUUCAAAUUAUAAUUACCUAUUUGAAAAAAAGAAA